UAUCCAAUUUGAUGUGUCUUCUCAUGGGCAUCAACUCCUCCUCUUCAUAGACAGAUCAUUGACAGCUAUUCUUCACACCAAACCCUUUUCCAUUACUUUAAUCUAAUUCAUCAUCUUCAUCAUCUUCAUUCUCAAUCUCAAUCUUCUCUAACAAUAACAAUGGGGGACGUAGUAAAACAGAUGCUGGCAAAGCCAAUCCAACUAGCAGACCAAGUCAUUAAAUCAGCCGAUGAAGCCAGCUCUUUCAAAUCAGAAUGUUCCGAACUAAAAUCCAAGACCGAAAAACUAGUAACCCUUCUCCGUCAAGCCGCUCGCGCCAGCAACGAUCUCUACGAACGUCCAACCCGUCGUAUCAUCGAUGAUACAGAACAAGUCCUAGACAAAGCUCUUUCCCUCGUCAUCAAAUGCCGAGCCCACGGUCUAGUUAAACGUGUAUUCACCAUCAUACCCACCGCCGCAUUCCGGAAAAUGUUCGCCCUACUCGAAAACUCAAUUGGUGAUGUAUCCUGGCUUCUCCGUGUCUCUGCCCCAGCCGAGGAUCGAGAUGAUGGGUAUCUCGGUCUACCUCCAAUCGCAGCUAAUGAACCAAUCCUCUGCCUAAUUUGGGAACAAAUCGCUAUUCUUUAUACUGGGUCACCGGAAAAUCGAUCAGAUUCCGCCGCCUCUCUAGUGUCGCUUGCACGCGACAAUGAUCGUUACGGGAAACUUAUCAUUGAAGAAGGCGGCGUCGUUCCUUUGCUCCGAUUGGUUAAAGAAGGGAAACCUGAAGGACAGGAGAAUGCUGCGAGAGCGAUUGGACUUCUGGGUAGAGAUCCGGAAAGCGUUGAGUAUAUGAUUCACGCCGGCGCUUGUUCUGUUUUCGCGAAAGUUCUUAAAGAAGGACCGAUGAAAGUUCAGGCUGUCGUGGCUUGGACUAUAUCGGAACUUGCUGCCCAUUACCCAACCUGUCAAGAUCUAUUCGCUCAGCACAAUAUAAUCCGUCUUCUCGUCGGCCAUCUCGCUUUCGAAACAGUUCAAGAACAUAGCAAAUACGCCAUCGCCGGAAAAUCCCUUCACGCGGUUGUGGUAGCAAACAACAACUAUACCGUCGCCGCCGCUGGUGCCGGAGCCAUCCCUAAUCUCAUCGACGACGAUGAUCUACAUAAUGGAAACAAAAUCAACCACCCAUUAGCCAAAGCCAAUACCAAGAAGCCAGCUGCCCCUAGUCAAAUGCAUCAGGUAAUUGCAAAUACAAUGGCUAUGAAAACUCAACCCAAUCAACAACCUCAAAAAUAUCAAACUCAACAUAGCCAUUUGGGUUCUGGUGUAAACAUGAAAUUAGGAGGAAGGGAUCAAGAAGAUCAAGCAACAAAAACCCAUAUGAAAUCAAUGUCUGCCAGAGCCCUCUGGCAGCUCGCGAGAGGAAAUUCCGCCAUUUGCAAGAGCAUAACAGAAUCAAGAGCCCUCCUCUGUUUCGCAGUCUUAUUAGAAAAAGGAAGAGAUGAAGUCCAAUACAAUUCGGCUAUGGCAUUAAUGGCAAUAACCAGUGUUGCAGAAAAAGAUUCCGAAUUGAGAAGAUCAGCAUUCAAACCAAGCUCACCCGCCUGUAAAGCAGUUGUUGAUCAAUUACUAAGAAUCAUAAACGAGGAAGAUUCAGAUCUUCUAAUCCCCUGUAUUAACUCAAUCGGGAACUUGGCUAGAACAUUCCGGGCAACUGAGACCAGAAUGAUAAAUCCGUUGGUGAAGCUUCUAGACGAAAAGGAAGUAGAUGUAUCUAUAGAAGCAGCCAUUGCAUUAACCAAAUUCGCUUCAAGUGAAAACUUUCUCUGCGUUGAUCAUUCGAAGGCGAUUAUAAGCUGUGGAGGGACAAAGCAUCUAAUUCAACUGGCUUACUUUGGGGAGCAAAUAGUUCAGACGGCGGCUGUUAUACUUUUAGCUAACAUUGCUAAGCAUGUGCCGGAUAGUGAGGAAUUAGCAGAGUUGAAGGUGCUGAAUGUUCUAGAAUGGGCAUCGAAACAAGGGCAGGUUGUGCAAGACGAAGCGGUUGAGGAAUUGCUGAUUGAAACUAGGAGUAAACUCGAGCUAUAUCAAUCAAGAGGUUCAAUGGGAUUUCAUUAAUUUCUUCAAUUCAACAACCAUAAAAGGUUUAUUGUAUAUAGGAUAUAACAUAUAUG